AUGGAUGAGUCUCUUGGAAAAUUACUGCCUGCGCAGAGACAGCCUCAGAGCAUGGGGCGGUGCAAGAGCAGUAUAAAAGUAAACCCAAAGCCUUGUUCUCUCAUCCACUUCUCUCGCCUUGCUCUCCUUGGGAACCAGGUGCACCUCCGGACCAAAGACAUGUCCUGCUACAGCCAGUGCCUGCCCUGCCAGCCCUGCGGCCCAACCCCGCUGGCCAACAGCUGCAAUGAGCCCUGUGUCAGGCAGUGCCAGGACUCCACCGUCGUCAUUGAGCCCCCUGCUGUGGUGGUGACCCUGCCCGGCCCCAUCCUCAGCUCCUUCCCACAGAACACCGCCGUGGGAUCCUCCACCUCCGCUGCCGUUGGCAGCAUCCUCAGCUCUGAGGGAGUGCCCAUCUCCUCCGGGGGCUUUGGCCUCUCCGGCUUCGGCAGCCGCUACUGCGGCAGGAGGUGCCUCCCCUGCUAAAGCUGCUCCCUGCACUGAGGCCUCCACUCAGAUCAACCUCAUAUCCCUCUUUUGACUCAUUAAAGUUCUGCUGCAUCCCA